AAAUGGCUCACUGCACAUCGCUGGUAGGCGUGGCUACUGCUGAAAAGUUGGGUGUAUUUCAGCUUGAGUAGUGUCAACUCUACAAGUUUCCAGUUGUUGCUAUAGCAAUAGUCCCUGGAGCAAGUUUGCCGUUACAAAUUUGUCAUCUCAUAGCCUCGCCCUUCACUGUGAAUUCACACCAACAGAUCCCGAGCUACUAAAUCAGGACACAGGCGCACUCCAUUGGCAGCAUGAAGACCCUAACGUUUGGUUCCAUGUGGUACAAACUAUUCCAUUCCACUCCCCCAUUCCAGCCAUUUACAAUAACAAAGCGACAUCUGGGAAGCGGACUACCAGGGGACUACGCACGGGAAUUGGCCGCUUUGGCCAAAAGGGCCUACUCCCCGUUCGAGAAUCUAGACAAAUCAAAAUUCCACGUGGACUUCUACUCUUCGGACUAUUUGGGGCUUGGGCUUAACCAGGAGCUGAACCAGACACAUGCAGACGCCAUUCUCCGUGCUGGUAUGGACCACAACGUUUCCUGUGUUGUUUCUCACCCUGCCAACUCCCCGGUAAAAGAUACAGAACUGGCCUUGGCUCGGUGGUUAAAAAGUGAAGCCGCUGUCGUCACCUACUCAUGUGCAACCGCAAACAUCGGCGUCAUGGAGAUCUUACUCAAAGGUAACGAUCGUCCCAUUUACAUGGACCAUUACGCCCACAUGACCCUCAAGACGGCGCUGUCCGUUGCUGAGGCCUCGUCGCGAUUGAAGCUGUUUCGGCACAAUGACAUGGACCAUCUUCGUUUUCGGAUAGAAAAAGCUGGGAGUGGAGUUGUCGCCGUGGAUUCGAUAUACAGUGUUAACGGAGAAGAAGCACCGAUGGCAGAAUUGGUAGAGUUGUGCCGCCGUCUGGAUUGCAUCCUUGUCGUUGAUGAGAGUCAUGCUGUUGGGGUUGUUGGAGAUGCGGGCGAAGGCCUGGUAGCCCAUCUAGGGCUAGAAAACGGCGUUCAUGUAAGAACGGCGUCCUUGUCUAAGGCUCUAUCGUGUCAAAAUGGUGUUGUUGCAAGCAGCAAGGAAGUCACGGACUGCUACAACAGCGCGACCACGUUAGCCUUAUUCAGCGAGAAUGUACAAACCCCCAGCGCUGUCAAAGUCAAAAAGGCGAUAGAGUUAGCAAUACUGGCAACCCAACAGCGGGAUGACUUGCGAAAUCUUUCCCAAUCAUUUCAGCAACAGCUUAAAGAAGCCGGCUAUCCAGUAACAGGAAACGCAAACCAUCCGAUAGUGUCUCUGGUGGUUGGUGACCAGGAAAGGGCGAUGUAUACACAUAAUGUGCUUUGCUCCAACGGAAUCUUCCCGAUGAUCUUUUUAUAUCCCGCCACUCCAAGGAACGAGGCCUUGAUGAGAUUUGUCAUCAACCAGCAUGUGACGCCAGAGAAGGUAGCAUACACCGUUAAAACAUUGAAGGACCUCAGUCAAGACCUGAAGCCAUGGACAUGGGCUGGGAAACAGAGAAAUAAAAAGCAGAAUAUAGAAAACAGUUCCAACUUAGAAUAAGUGAUUUUAAUUGAAAGGGUCAUUUGACAGUGCUUCUCUGCAGUCAAUAUAAAAUCAUUAAUGGACUCCAGUCAUAACUUCAAAUAGAUGAUGCCUGAGAUGCGAGCUCGAGAAAGAUCUUAGCUCUGUCCAGCAUGUACAUUAUGUAAACCAACAAUUUAAUCGAAAACUCUCAAGCUGCAGAUUUUUCUUUGUUUGUCUUCGAAUGAAAGACAAUGAAAAAAACAACAACUAGGAGAAAUAUAAACA